AUGGCAUGGCUUGCUAGAUCCAUUGCGAAUUCACUGAAGAUCGAUGAAGACGAUGAUGAUGGAAAGGAAAAGAUCAAGUCGAAUUCGAAUGAAGAUUCCGGUUCCGAUAAACCGUCUUCGCCGUCGGUGCUGGCAGCACAGUCUCCACGAGGCGUGAAGGAAGAUAUCUCUGAGCUCACCAAGACCUUCAGAAGCCAGCUAUGGGGUGUGGCUUCUUUCCUCGCGCCGCCGCCUGAUUCUUCCGAUCUUCCGGAGAAGAAUCAGACGGGAGAUCAUGUGGAUGAGACUCGGAGGUCUUCGGAUCUAAAGGAGGGUGAUGAGGAUCUGAUUGCUGGGAUCAGGAAUGAUAUUGUUGAGAUCGGAGGUAGAUUCAGGACGGGAAUCUCGAAGAUCUCCGGAAACAUACCGGUAUCGGGGCUUACGAAGAUCGCUUCGAAUUUCUUGCAAUUGGGAACGGACGGUGCUGAUUCGAAAGAGCUCGAUGUUGGAGAUGCGAUUGGUGUGACGGAGGAAGUAGUUGGAUUCGCGAGGGAUCUUGCUUUGCAUCCUGAGACGUGGCUUGAUUUCCCCUUCCCUGACGAGGACGAUAACUUUGAUGACUUUGAAAUGACUGAUGCUCAAUAUGAGCACGCGCUGGCCGUGGAUAGGCUUGCGUCGAGUCUGGCUGCUUUGAGGAUUGAACUUUGCCCAGCGUACAUGAGCGAGAUGUGCUUCUGGAGGAUUUACUUUGUACUUGUGCAUCCUAAAUUCAGCAAAGAGGAUGCUUUGCUUCUCUCAACUUCUCAGGUACUUGAAUCAAGAGCACUGUUAUCUCACGAGUUGCUGCAUAAGAGAAACAAAGCUACUGUGACGGUGCCAGAGGGUAGUGAUACAGGAGCUGGUGAUGUGACUGUGGAACCUCUUUCUCUGCCUGUUAAUCCUUCACCGGAACCAGAACCAAAACCAGAACCAGCGCCAGUGAAAACCAUUAUUGUCGAAGCAAUAGAUUCGAUUGAGAAAGCUGAGUUUGUGACAGAGAAGCACCCAAUCGAGAGCAAGGAGGUACAAAUUGUGGACAAGCCUGUCAUUGAAGAAAGACCAGCACCAGCUCAACAUGACAAGCCGGUGCAGAGCCCAGUCACUGGUUCUUCGCCUAGAGUUAUUGAUGUGCAAGUAGAUGAUGAUGUUGAUGAUUGGUUGAAGGAUGAAGAUAAUGCAGGAACUGUUACUUCCACCGGAGCCACCAAACAUGUUGUGGAUGAGGACGAAGACGUAUCGUUCAGUGAUCUUGAAGAAGAUGAUGACGUACCUGUGAGUUACAAGAAAUGA